AUGUCCAAGUUCGUCCGCUCAGUCCUCGUCACAGGAGGCACUUCCGGCCUCGGAUAUCAUGCAGCCACAGAAAUCGCCAAUCGUCGGCCAGACCACUGCAUAGUCAUAGCAUCUCGCACAGAUCACGACAAAAGCGCAGAUUCCAUCAACAAAAGACGAGGCCAUGACAACGUCCAAUUCAUGCAUCUUGACCUGGCUGAUUCCAAGAAUAUCCGAUCCUUCGUGAAAACAUGGGGCGAGAAGAAACUUCCUCCCCUUUCUGUCCUCCUGUUGAAUGCCGGCCUCCAAUUCCCCAACAGAAUUAAAUAUACCGCCGAGGGUCUCGAGGCAACAUUUGGCAUCAACGUCGUCGGCCACGCGCUCCUAUUACCUUUAUUGAUGCCCUACAUGGCGGAUGAAGCGCGCAUCGUUGUGACAUCCAGCGGCACACACGAUCCUGCACAAAAGACCGGAGUCGCUGACGCCGUGUACACGACGGCCGAAGAGCUAGCGCAUCCGACGGAAAAGACGCUCAACAAUCCAGGCCGCCAGCGCUACUCGACCAGCAAACUGUGCAAUGUGCUCUGGACCUACGCGCUAAGCAGACGCCUCACGAAGUUGCCGAGCAACAAGAAAUGGACUGUCGUCGCGUUUGACCCGGGGUUGAUGCCAGGUACACGGCUUGCACGUGAAGCCGGACCUGUGUUGCGGUUUCUCUUCACCCGCAUCUUGCCUGCCUUGAUCCCGGUCUUACGGCUCGUCGUAAGCCAUAAUAUACACCGGCCUGAGGAGUCGGGGGCAAAUCUGGCGUGGAUCGGACUCGAUGAUACGGGUACUAGCGGCGUGUAUUAUGAGGGGAGGAAAGAGAUUAAGUCGAGCGUGGAUAGUUAUGAUGAGGCGAAGCAGGAGGAGUUGUGGGAUUGGAUCGUGAGGAAUUUGCCCAAGGAUGAGCAGGAGAAGAGGCAGUUUGAGUUUGAAGUUGUUUCCUAA